CUCUCCCUUCCUCUCGCCCAGGAAAAGCCGUGCACUCUAUGGUGGCUCACCUGGAUGCGGUUACCUGCCUAGCCGUGGACCCCAAAGGAGUCUUCCUUAUGUCGGGAAGCCAUGACUGUUCGCUGCGGCUGUGGAACCUGGACAACAAGACCUGCACACAGGAGAUCACGGCUCACCGCAAGAAGCACGAGGAAGCCAUCCACGACGUGGCCUUCCACCCCAGCAAGGCCCUGAUUGCCAGCGCGGGAGCCGACGCCCUGGCCAAGGUCUUCAUAUGAAGAGGAGGCGGCCCGGCGGGAAUCCCGUC